GCCACACAGUGUCAUAACUACAUUCCCCACAAUGCCUUUUUAACGUAACAAACGUCACGCCGUUGUCUAAUUUUAGUGACAUUAAAACUUGGAACUACACUCACAACUCCGCUGUCCACAGCAAUAAUGGAGAAUCCUGCCGAUAAAACAGGUUUGAACCCAGUCCUCCUGCCUCUAGAGUGGCUUCUGGGAACAUGGGAGUCAGAUGAGCCUGGUGAGGGAUGUUUCCCGACAAUAAAGCCUUUCCGCUAUACAGAGACCCUGAACUUCAGCCACGUGGGACAGCCAGUCAUCAACUUCAUGUUCAACGCCUUCCAUGCAGAAUCUAAAAAGCCUCUGCACAGGGAGUGUGGCUUCAUCAGACUGCAGUCUGGGACCAACAGGGUUGCAUUUAUCAUUGCCCAAAACUCUGGUCUGGUUGAGAUUGAGGAGGGUGAACUGACAGGGAAGCAGCUGAACCUGCAGACUCACGCUUUGGCCAGGAUUUCUUUUGCCAAGGAGCCACAUGUGCAGCAGAUUUCCAGAGUGUUUCAGCUGAGGCCAGAUGGUAGGCUUGAGCAGACGGUUUCCAUGGCAACAGACAACCAGCCACUGAUGACACAGCACUUGCACAUCACUUACCGUCGAUCAUAGUGAACCGACAAUCUACCUGGCAGUUAUUUAUGGUGAAACCGAGAGGUUUGAUGAACAACCCUGUUUGAUGCUGACGAUAUACACGCUGCUGAUCAACAUAAUACUUUACAUUAACGUCUGUUGAAUGGAGUCUGGAGUCCAAGUGUCACAAUUAUGAGUGAUGUUUCAUCUUAAGCCACUCAUUUUUGGAUAUUGAACAGAAAGAGGGAAAUGCAUUUAAAUAAAAUAACAUUUCUAAUGUAAUGUAUCACCUAUUAGUUUGCAUGGAGAGCUACUCCGCUGUUCAACUACUUAUUGCUGCAAGUGAUUAGUAAAAUACACGUUACUUUACCUGUGGUUAUUCAAGGUCUUUAUGUUUUGAACGUAAAGAUUUUACUGCACUAAUUAAAAAAAGAACUAUGAGGUCUUUUUGUCUUCACUGCAGUCUGUCCUUUUUUUGUGGUCUGGACAAUAGUAAUGUAAAGCUACAAUACUUUUAUAAGUUAGAGCAUAUCCUUUUCAUUUUUAUUCAUUCGUAUGGAAAUGUAAUAAAGAAGUUCAUUAAAAAAUGUAUUUUUAAGUCUAGGUUCUGACCUUAAAUCUUAAAGAUAAAGACAUUAAAACCUAAACAACAACAAAUCAGUGAUGAAGACUAUGAAGAAGUUUAUUUUGAAUUUAAAAAAAUCUUUCAGACACAUUAAUAACACUUGUAAAGCAUCACCCAUCAGGCAUAUCAUGCAAUCAUCCCCAAGAGCUGUAGUACAUGCUCUUCAUAGUGCAGUAUUCAAGUUUCAACAUUAAAAAAAUAAAGUAAAACCAUAAAUAAAC